AUGGACUGUAAGUACCUGCUUGUUGUCAUGUUUGUCCAUUAUAGAGAACCUCACGUACUGGACGAAUGCGACAUUUCUCCUGAGGUUAGAGAAGCUCUGUUGGAAGACAUCAGGAAGAAAGCUUACCCCACAGGCGGUAAAGAUAUUGAGGUAUCGUGUUUCUCCUAUGAUGGUAUUGACGCGAUUAAAGAAGCGCUAAUUGCUGGCAAAAACUGUUCAACAGAUUCCAUGCCGAUCAAGAUCAACCUCAUUGCUGCUCCACAUUUUGUCGUAACGACACAGACGCUUGAUCGAGAACACGGGCUCACUGCUGUUAAUGCAGCGCUAGAUGUUGUUAAGCAGACCAUAGAAAAAUAUGGAGGGAAAUUUUCUAUCCCAGAAGAGGCUCGCGUCGUCACCGAUGUUGACGAUAACGAUAUCAAGAAGAGGCUGGAGUUGGCUGAACUGGAGGAAGAGGAAGGAUCUGAUGAGGAUGAAGAUGAAAGUGAAGAGGAAGAUGACGAUGGUCUGGUAGCGCCGAAAGGACUAGAUCAACAAAUGGACGUUGAAGAUGCUCUUCAAGCA